GAAAACGAAAACGAAAACGAAAACGAAAACGAAAACGAAAACGAAAACGAAAACGAAAACGAAAACGAAAACGAAAACGAAAACGAAAACGAAAACGAAAACGAAAACGAAAACGAAAACGAAAACGAAAACGAAAACGAAAACUAAAAUUGUCGUCUCGAAGUGCACCUUUGCUUCCAAAAUGUCAUUAUUGUGCAUUAUUGUGCUGCCCUCUCAAUCAUAUAUCUCACCGCUCCUAUAUAGUUAACACUGCAAGAAACUGAGCUGUUUUGCGCCUUUAAGGCGAUAGUAUUAUAGGACUUUGUAUACGCGUUACAAACCCUCCGACAUAACGAACCAAUGCACCACACGUGACAUUUAUUCUUUUGAACCCGACGCCCCUAACUUUGUUUAAGUAAUAUGCCGUCGCAUUGUCACGAAUCAAACUCAGUGCGAAGUGAUUCCUAGCAUCGGUAGGUUCUAGCAAUUACUCCCUGCCAAAAUGGUAAUCUAUUUGCUGUGCGGUUUGCUGUUAACAUUGGUCUACUAUCAACUCACCAAAAACAAAAACUACUUCCGGAACAAACCGAUCCCAACAUUGCCUUCGAAGCUCCUGUUCGGUAGCACUGGGCCGUUGAUGCUCAGGCAGAUAUCUUUUGCGGGCUUCAUCGAAUCGAUAUACAACGUAUUCCCUUGCGCCAAGAUAAUUGGCAUGUUUGACAUCGUCACCCCGGUGUUUGUGGUGCGCGAUCCGGAGCUGAUCAAACGGGUAAUGGUGCGUGAUUUCGAUCACUUUGCGGAUCAAGUGCCAGUGUUCGGGUCGAACGAGUACGACCAUCCGAACUUACUUGUGGCGAGAUCGCUGAGCUUCCUCGACUGCCAGCGGUGGAAGAGUAUGCGGGCGACGGUCAGUCCGGCCUUCACCGGUUCCAAGAUGCGACAGAUGUACGAGCUGAUAGUCGAGUGUAGCGAGAACGCGGUUCAGCACUAUCUGGAGGAAACUCGCGCCCGGGGUCCUCAGGUGUACGAAAUGAAGAACAUAUUUACGCGAUAUGCGAGCGAUGUGAUCGCGAGUUGUACCUUCGGGAUACAGACGAAUUCCUCGAAGGAUCCGGAGACGGAGUUAUAUGUGAUGGGAAAAGAUAUGAUGAACUUCAAGAAGAUUAGUGCGGUGCUGAAACUGAUCGGUUUCCGGGUUUGCCCGUGGCUAAUGGCCCGCUUGGGAAUUGAUAUUUUUGCUGAGCGAUACAACAGUCACUUCAAAUCGUUGAUUUUUGCGACCAUAAAGGAACGCGAGGGAAAGGGAUUUUUUCGGCGGGAUUUAAUACAGUUGCUGUUGCAAGCGAAGAAUGGACAAUUGAAAGCCUGUCCUCAGGAGAAAGAACAGAACGAGGGAUUCGCCACGGCGCAGGAGGCAACCGUUGGGACAGCACAGAAGACGCUCUCCGAUACGGAAAUAGUUGCACAGUGUUUGAUAUUUUUCCUGGCUGGUUACGAGACGGUAUCAACAAGUCUGUUGUUCCUCACGUACGAGCUCGCUAUCAAUCCAGAGGUGCAAAAUAGGCUACACGUAGAGGUGAUGGAUACGCACGCAUCCCUCGAUGGAAAGCCAUUAAGUUACGAUGCAAUGCAACGGAUGAAGUACAUGGAUAUGGUUGUGACGGAGGUACUCCGAAAGUGGCCUCCGUUGCCGGCGUCGGACCGAAUGUGUGUGAAAGAUUAUACGCUAGACGACGGCAAUGGACUCUCGUUCACGAUCGAUAAAGGGACGGCCCUGUGGGUGCCGAUCCGUGCUCUACAUCACGAUCCUAAGUAUUUCCCGAACCCGGAUCUGUUCGACCCUGAACGGUUCAACGAUGAGCGCAAGGGUAGUGUCGACCCGGCCACGUUCAUACCGUUUGGAAUCGGUCCCAGGAACUGUAUCGGAUCGCGUUUCGGGCUAGCGAUGAUGAAAACCAUCGUUUACUAUCUGCUGCUGCACUUCUCGAUCGAACGAACCGCCAAAACUCAGGUGCCACCGGUGCUGACAAAAGGUUUCGUCGAGGUUAUCCCGGAGAACGGAGUCCAUCUGGAGUUCAGGCCUAGGGUGUGAUGACGAGUGUGGGUUUCGUGGCGGUUUGAUAUAAUUAUGUUAAUGUCACUUAUGAACUGUUAAAUUGAUGGAGAACAGAGAUCAAUAUUUGUAUUGAAAUGACAGAGAGAGAGAGAUGUAUAUUAGACCUGACAAAUUCAAAAUCAGUUUUUAUCUCAAUAUUAGAAGUAGAUUCGAUUGAUCUAGAAGUUUUAUUAUUUAUAUUAUUUUUUAUUAUUUCGAUUAAAAUGAUGUUCGUUUACAUUUGAAGUGCAUUUGAAGCAAUUUGUAAUUUUGUUUGUUUCAAACUGUUUCAAUAUUCAACUAUUCCCAAAGUUAUAGCAAUUAGCACAUCCAUCAAAUUAAUUUCUAUAAAAUCUACAACAAACAUUACCUAUGACGAAAAAUCCACAAAAACCAGAUCAGAGGGCCCUCACUAAUGGCCUAUAAUCAUAAAAAUAAGAAAAAACUUUAUUAUUUAAAUUUGUCUAUCUACUCUCGUCUCUACUCUAUACUCUAUACUCACUACUCUCUACUCUCUACUCUCUACUCUCUACUCUCUACUUUCUACUCUCUACUCUCUACUCUCUACUCUCUACUCUUUACUCUUUACUCUCUACUCUCUACUCUCUACUCGCUACUCUCUACUCUCUUCUCUCUACUCUCUUCUCUCUACUCUCUUCUCUCUUCUCUCUUCUCUCUUCUCUCUUCUCUCUUCUCUCUUCUCUCUUCUCUCUUCUCUCUGCUCUUUACACACGCACACACUCACGCUGACGCACACACCCGCAAACAUGUGUACGCUUUCGCACGCACUCGUGUGCACACAUACACAUCGCAGUUGAUCACUGCUAAAUUUCUCUCUGUUUUGGUUUACAAUCUCUUUGUUUAUUUACACCGCGCUUUUGGACACGAUUUUUUUAGCGCUUUUAUUUAUAGUGAUAAAAUGAACGCUAGGGAGUAGCGAGCCAUUUUCAUUAUGCAUUUUGCGGUGAUUCGAAUUUUAAGAGGGUCAAGAGUCACUGCGAUGAUUGAUGGAGCGUUAUUUAAACGCGAACUCUCGCACGCCCGACAAAGCGAACAACCCCAUAAAUCGAAUGUAUUUUGACACGCGACGGCGGAGGACAUAUCCUUGGACAACCCAGGAAUGCAACCGUAAUAAACUCCUCUAGUUUUGAUAUUAUGUAAACGGAACUCAUGGCGUGUCAGUUUUGAUUUCUCUUUAAUCGUUUCUGAAUUUCCACGAGUAACACAAAAUUAAAACCCAACUGUUCAACAAAUAAUAAAAACUUAACUUUUGCACUGAACUGAAUUGAAAUUUUAAAUUGAAAAACAAAAACUAUCAAACAGCACAACAAUAAACAGCAACAAAAAAAUAUCUUUUGACAGUUCAUUGGUAAAAUUAUUACGAACUAAAAAAAAACAUGACAACAACAAAAAUGUAAUGAGUUCGUUAAAAUUGAAUUUGAAACUAUUGAGGAAUGAGAAUUUUGUUGAGACUGAAAGCGAAACAAUAUAUUUGAACGGAACUAAUUUAUUUUCGGCGACGAAAAAACAAAAUAUUUAGUAAAAAACUCUAAACAGAGUGGUGAAUAUAAGAUAAUUCAAUGUAAUAUGAAUGUGUUAAAAAUAAUAAGAAGUCAGCCGUAGGAAAUUGUACAAGAAAAUAUUUACGGAAUGAAGAUAAUAUAACUAAACAAUAAGAGUGCAUUGAAACUGGAAUAAAUUGAUGGGUGAGAACUUCGUUGAGUCAGUAACAAGUAAAAAAUAAUUAAAUACGAAAAAAUACGAAAAGAAGGUACAAGAAAGCAACUUCUAGUGAUUGAAAUGAAACCAAAAGAGCGAAUAAUAAGAAAUCACCGGGAAAGCUGAAGAGAGUAAAACAACACUUAUUUCAAAGUUGAUGAGAGCUCAAUAAAAAUCGAAUAUAAAAACAUGAACAUGAAAACAUGAAUGAGUAUAAUUAGGAGAAAAAGAAAACAACGGACUAAACAGCGAAUAUGAUAAGUGUGUAUGUGAUGUGAUUGUGAUCCGAUUAAAAACUAAAUUCAGUGAAUUAUUUAUGGAAAAAAACAUAAAUGGAAUGGAAGUUAAUAAGAAUUAAAUACGAAAUGAUCAGAUAAAAGCCAUCGUUAGAGAUUGAAUUACAGCCAAAUGAGCGAAAAUAAAAAGAGAAGAGAAAAGGUUCUAAGGAGACUUAAAAAAGAAAUAGUAAUAAAAUUAAAAGGAACUGAAUGAAAAACGAAUAUAAAGUCUGUCUCUAUUAUUGUUGAAAUUUGUACAUAUGCGUAAAUGGAUUCUUUCAUCAAAUAUGAUCUUCUAUAACUUCCCGAAAGAUUUCGAAUAUAUGUAUUUUUUAAGUGAGAAAGGUAUUUCAUGACUUUAAGAGGAUGAAUGAAAAAUUAAAUUCAGACAGAAAAUCGAUCAAGUGCCGAAAAAAAAAAUUUUUAUUGACAGUUAAUGCAA